AUGAAGGCUAUUAUACAAAGAGUAACUAAAGCCAGUGUCAGUGUAGAUAAUGAAAUCAUCAGUUCUAUUGGUAAAGGUGUAUGUGUUUUAAUUGGAAUUUCUGAACAAGAUACGAAAAAGGAUUCUGAAUAUUUAGUUAGGAAGAUAUUAAAUUUGCGAAUAUUUGAUGAUGAGAAUGGAAAACGUUGGAAUAAAAACGUGAUGGAUAAAGAGUUUGAAAUUCUAAGUGUCAGUCAGUUUACGUUAAUGUCAAUAUUGAAGGGAAAUAAACCAGAUUUUCAUAAAGCAAUGGCACCUGAACGAUCUGAAGAAUUCUACAAUGAUUUUCUAUCUCAAAUGAAAGCAGUAUAUGAUCCGUCCAAAAUAAAAGAUGGUAUAUUUGGUGCCAGUAUGCAGGUGAAUAUUGUCAACGAUGGACCGGUUACAAUUACCUUAUCUUCA